AUGGUAACACGUGACCUGCAACCUGAUAUAAGGCGCACCGAAUUUCCACCUUGCAAUAAGACCAUAUCACCACCCAUAAUGAAGUCAAUAAUAUUUUCCUGGUGGCUAUUCCUAGCUGCAUUGGUAGCGGCCAGUAUCUCACCCUUCGACUCGCCCGACUUCUGUCUGCAAAUCAUCACUCCAACUUGUAACACCACUUUCUCAUACAUUGAUGAAGUAAACGACAGAAUCAGGCCUCUGGUGCUGAAGCUCGUGACAUCUCCAUUCUUUCGCUUUUUCAAGUUGAACUUGGACAAACAGUGUAAGUUCUGGAACGCGCAACACUUCUGUGCCACCAGAAACUGUGCCGUUGACAUCCUUCCCACAGAGCAGUACAACUGGUCCAAUGUGCCCACCGAGCUCCUUCCUUCGAAGCUUGGAGAGAUUCACCGCGGCUCGAAAGCCUCAGACGGGUCUGAGACUUGCGAGGAUCUUGACUACUGCCACAUCGACGAUGAUCACCACUGUGUUUUCGUAGACUUGCCAUCCAACCCAGAGAGAUUCACUGGUUAUGGUGGUGCGCAGUCGUUCGAGGUGUGGAAGGCUAUUUAUUCGGAGAACUGCUUCCCAAAUACUGCUCCCAUGACUUUCGCUGAAGGCGCAGAGCAGGAUCAGUGCGUGGAGAAGAACCUCUUCUAUCGUGUGAUCUCUGGUCUCCAUGCUUCCGUAGCUGUCCACUUGUCAAACGAGUAUUUAAACCCAGUCACAGAGCAGUUCGAGCCAAAUCUUAAAAUCUUCAUGGAGAGAGUUGGUAAGUUCAACGAUAGACUCUCCAACAUCUACUUUAACUACGCGCUUAUCUCUCAGGCCAUCGUAAAAUUGGGCGAGCUUGCAGCUGUCCCUGAAUUCAUUGAAAUGAACACCGAGUCUAAAGCUGGCGUUGAGUUGUUAGAAAACACCCACACUACAAGUGCAGAGUACGCCGAGAUGUUGGACACAAUAUCGCUGGAGUUGAGCUCUGAGAAAUUGUUCGACACCCAUCUCUUGUUCGACCCAAAAACGGUCGAACCAGGUUUGAAGGAAGAGUUCAGAUCUCGUUUUAGAAAUGUCUCUGCCAUCAUGGACUGCGUUGGUUGUGACCGUUGUAGAAUGUGGGGUAAACUUCAAACAAUCGGCUAUGGUACUGCUCUCAAAGUCUUGUUCGAGCUGGAAGAUCCUACCACACAACACUUGUUGAAGUUCCGUCGUAUCGAAUUGGUCGCUCUCUUCAACACCUUUGACCGUCUUUCAAAGUCGAUUUCCUCCAUCAACAACUUCAAGAAGAUGUACUUGAAGCACUUGGAAGAGGUUGCAGCUGGUGAGGCCAAGCAUGGUGACUAUGAGCCUAUCCAUGGUAAGGGAAUUGAGUUCCCCUUUGUCAGUUUCCUGCCACGGGUGCCAAGUGCCAAAGACACUGAAGCCCCUGUAUCUGAAGAAGUCAAACAAGAGGCCUUCAAGUCUCAACAGGACGCACUUUCGAGAGGUGGUAGAAUUUACAGUCAAAUGAAUCCACAACAAGGCUUUUGGGAAGAAGUUGACAAUAUUAAGGCCGCUGUGUACUUUGUCUUACGGAGUUAUGUGGACUUCCCAAAGCGUGUGUACGAUCUCGGCUUGUAUUAUAUUAACGGAUGGUGGAAUGUCUACAUUGGAAAGGCGAUCUACGUUCCACAGUCGUCGGGCCAUGACGAAUUAUAG